UGCAGCAGAGCUGGAGGUGCGCGCGGCCGCCGCGGAGCGCUGCAGCAGGAGCCGUCACGAGCCGCCUGGCGCCAUGAGGAGGAUAUUUGCGCUCGGACCCGGACCCGGACCCAGGACGGAGCUGACCCCGGCGGACAGGGCCUGACAGCCCGGCCCGGACACUCACCGAUUUCCUCUUUCCCAGCGCGACCGUCCUGCGAUGUGGUGAUCUUCCCAGAGUCUCCCAAAAGGCUUCCAACGGCACUUCAAGCAGCGGACCUCACCCACGAUCCUCCACCUGCCCCGGCCGCUCACAUGGCCCACCCCUACGAGCCCUGGCUACGGACAGCACCCCCCGGUGGCAGCUCUGAAGACAUGAACAUCCCGUCGUGGUGGGACCUCCACCGGGACGUGCAGCCCGGCAGCUGGAUCGACCUGCAGACCGCCCCGGGCGUGGGGCUGCCCUCCGUCAGCCCCGGCAGCUCCAUGGGGCUGCAGCACUCCCUGGGGGCCUACGGCUCCGACCCCCAGCUGUGCGCCCUGCCCCCCGCCCAGCACGCCCCGGCCUCGCACUCGUCCCACCUCUUCCCCCAGGACGGCUUUAAGAUGGAGCCGCUGGCGCCCGAGAUGCUGCACCAGGAGACGUACGCCAUGGAGGAGCCUCAGGAGACGUCGGUGUCCGCCCGGCCCAAGCCGCAGCGCCGCUCGUCCUCCCGGAGCUCCGGCCAGGCCGUGUGCCGCUGCCCCAACUGCGUCCACGCCGAGCAGAUGGGCCAGAGCGCCGACGACGGCCGCAGGAAGCACAUGCACAACUGCCACAUCCCGGGCUGCGGCAAGGCCUACGCCAAGACGUCGCACCUGAAGGCCCACCUGCGCUGGCACAGCGGCGACCGGCCCUUCGUCUGCAACUGGCUCUUCUGCGGGAAGAGGUUCACGCGCUCCGACGAACUGCAGCGCCACCUGCAGACGCACACGGGCGCCAAGAAGUUCAGCUGCGCGCUGUGCCCCAGGGUGUUCAUGCGCAACGACCACCUGGCCAAGCACAUGCGCACGCACGAGUCCCCGCCGGGGCACGGCGGCGAGGACAGGGUGAACGGAGACGGGCGGAUGGAGAAGGGCUUCGACGCGCCCACGCCGCCGCAGUCCUCCAACGCGGCGGCGGCGGCGGCGUCCGAGGGCGCGGAGCCGCCGCUGAAGCUGAAAUGUGAGGCGGAGCCGUCGGCGUCCGGCGGGACGGGCCAGUCCGGCUAACGCCGCCGCGCUCCGAUAGUCGGCAGGUUCACUGACUGGUCCUCUCUGUCGUAGAGUCUUCCCGUAGAGUAGAGCGUAGAAGAAAGACGUGAAAGCCGGAUGGAGCGACGCGACACGUCGACGGUCCUGUGAAUUUAAAACAGCCAGUCUCACCGAAUCUGUGCCUAAGAACUUCUGUCCUCGUGGUGAAAGCUGGUGAAGGAGGCGACAGAGCGCCGGCCGCUGCUUCUGCUGGACUUCCACUGCUGCUACAGCUUCAGCCAGGAAGAGCGCGGCGGUGUGUUUACAGUGAAACCCGUCUGCAGGCUCCAGGGGAGCAAACUGCUUUAAAGAUUUGUAAACCGUCAGCUUUCAGCAGACUGUAUCUGGAAGAUUUGAGCAUUUUGAUUUGCCAGUAGUCCAGAGGAUAGGUGAGAAUGGUGCAUGCUGCAGAACAGCAUGUGUGCGUCGUCAGGACAGAGCAGCCAGCUCUGAGAACGGCUCACAGCGAUGCUUCCACGGUGGGCGAUAAAGGGAACACUCCACGGAUCUGUGCACUAAAACAGACGAGUUCUUCCCAAAGAACAUCGUGCUUCUGUAGUUUGAGGAAUGUAAAGAGGUCGAACACAACAAAUGACAGCUGUGAAGGAGCUAAACCUCCAAGCGACAGCGACGAUGGUCCUGGUCUCAGGACGGGCUGGUAACAGCGCCCCCAUUUGGUGGAAAUCACAACACACACCCUGCAGACACUGCAGGCUGCAGAAAAAGCUGCCCUGACUUUUUGUUAAAUACAACAGACCAAAGAGCUUUGUGACUACCUAAUGCUACACUGGUGCUUCGAUCCACCUGUUCAGUCCUCAGAUCUGAAGCUGCUCUUUACAGAAAGAACCAUGAAGCUUUUUUCAAUAUUACAAGGUGAAUUGAAGUGAAAAUUCCAUGAAGAAUCUUCACUUCCAUCUAGUUUUCUCUGCCUGCUUCAUCCAAAAUAAAGUUUUGGGAAAUAAAGUUUGAUCACAGGUGAAAGGUCAACAGGUCAGGCCACGUUAUUUAGUGUUGAUUAGUGAACAGCACCUGGAGAAACGGCUCAUACACACAGGAGGAAGGUGUUUGUUUCCAUGUUUAACCAUGCAGGUGUCAGAGGGACGCCGUUCGAUUUAACGUUCGUCUGAUGUCUGCUGCAGUGAGGAGGGAUCGUCCAGUCCGGUCGUAUCUGACAUGCUGACAUUUCAGCUCAGUCAAUCUGCAAACUGCCAGCACCUCCCACAACACUCGCAGAUUAAAACUACCAUAAUGCUGUCAGCCCUCUGUCAACACUAAUCACACAUCGUCAGCCUGAGGGCUGAUUCUUCAUUUAUCUCUUCAUGUGAGUCAAAUGUUCAUCAAAAACAUUAUUAUGUGAGUCAGAUUUGAGCCAAAACUAGCUGUGCCGAAUGGCCGGGCGGUGUGAGUCCUCCCAGCUUCAUCUGGAGCUGGAUGAUUAGAAACUCAUCUGAUCAGAGCAGCUCGACCCAUAAACAUUCAGCAGAAACUCGGUUUGGCUCCUCGUGUUGAGCCGUUUGAGGAACGCCGGCUCCAUUCCUGCGUCGUCGCCCUGGCGACAGUUUGCACGUCUGAUCAGGCUGAAGGUUGCAUCACCGGCUCGUCUCUCAACACAUUUUAUGAACCGGCCGUCAAUCAUUUAACACUCGGUCGGAGCUCCACUCCCCCGGAGAACCAGUCUGUCGGCGACACCCGGAGCGGCCGAGCCACAGCGAGCAGCUCAGACCGGUUCGGCCGCAUGCUGCGGAUAGUUAACUCUCAUAAUCAAUACUGUAUCAUCUCGCUAGUUGUGUAGUGCGAGCAGCUGUUAGGAUGCAUGUAAACAUCACAGACUUUAGGCAGACUUAUGUUGUAGAUGCUUUCACUCCCGGAGGCUCGUGGUUUCUGUAUUUAUGUAUAGAAGAGAGAAGAUUAAAGACAGUACUUAAAUAUUAAUCAGUAAUUAUUGUCUAUUAAUAUUAUUUUUUAUUAUUGAGUUUAUUAUUAUGGUCUUAUAUGUAGGUUUGUAAUAUUUCCUGUCCUUGGUCACUGUAGUAAAUGUUUUAGCUGUGGAAACUGUAAUGAAAUGAGUUUUGAUAAGUUAAAUAUUCUGGCUCAACGCUGCCAGUUGUAUUUAAUGUAUUAUUGACCUUCAAUAAAUAAAAAU